UCCGGGUCAACAAACAGGGGAACAUGGUUCAUGUUCGGAAUGAUUUGAUAGUGUGUUUACUGUUGAAAUUAUUCAAACUUUCGAUAGUAUGGUCAGAAUUUACAACUAUCGUUCACAUUAUUCCGGGGGAUGAAGUAUUUCUAAAUUGUUCCGAAACCUCAUCUAUAACAAUAAGAAAUGUAAGCGUGCAGAAUAUAGGCAAAUGUGAAAGUAAUCAGUGUUACCUCACAGGUCAUGAUCUUGAUAUGAUAAAAGGAUGUGAAGGUUCUUCCGGCUGCUAUGUGAAUGGAUCUCUUUUGACGUCUACGUGCUUAAGGGAGGAUCGGCAUUUCAACAUUUCGUUUAUAUGUCUACCUGAAGUAUCUUAUGAAUAUGUCGGCUGCUAUGUAGAUGACAAAGACAGAGUAUUAGGUGAAUAUCACGAUUAUCGCGAAUAUACAUGGUCAACAUUGUCAAUGUCGGCAGAGAUUUGUUUUGAAAAGUGUACUGAGAAUUGGAGAGAGGAUGACUAUUUUGGAACACAGUAUGAAUAUCAGUGUUUUUGUGGGAACGGUAACAAAUUGGGAUCUGCGCCAUAUAUUAACAAAAAAGAAUCUGAAUGUGACAUGACAUGUAAACAAAACCCAAAUGAAAAAUGCGGUGGUAAAUGGAGGAAUUCUGUUUAUAGAAUAAUAAUAAAGCGGGAGUUUAAAUAUGAAUUUUUAAACAUUGAACAAGAACAUACAAUCAAUGAUUGUAAAACUAGUCAGCUAAAGGAGGACAGUUUGUGUAUAACAUUGGACACUUCUUAUAAAAAGCAGGAUGUUGACUACAUCUGUAACGAUAUCGGAAACAAUUUGCAUAAAUUUUGCAAAACAGAACAUCCUAAUGAAAACUGUGUCUUUAAUUUGUUCAACAUACUUGAGGAAGCAGAUGAAUGGCAACCAAGUAAGGCAAUCUCAAUAGAGUAUGUGUGCAAAGAAAAUCAUCAAGCAAGCAGUUCAACACCGAGUAGCUCUGUAAAUUUACCAACAAGUACGUUAGAUUAUACACGCGUAUCAAAAAUGUCAGGACAAACAUCCAAGGACACCACAGAUACAGGAACAGUUAUUGGUAUUGUAGUGGGCAGCGUCCUAUUUUUAUGUAUAGUCUUUGUUGGUAUUUGCAUAAGAAGAAGGUCUGUGUUUUGCACUAAAUCCAAAGAAAAGUUCAGAAACAACCCGGAAACGAAUGACUACAUUGGGAACCAAGACAUAGCAUUGCCACAGGCCGUAAGUCCUGCGCGUCAUUUGCAAUAUGAAGAUUUAAAUGCUCAAUCGGGAAAUAGAAGUACUCACAAAUAUUCAAGCACAAAUAUUCAUUUACAAAAUAUCGAUGAUAAAUUUGAUUACGCCAAGAACAUAGUAACAAAAAGCUCUAAAACAUCUAACGACAAGACGAGUACACCUACAUAUGUUGUGCUUCAGGAUGAUAGUUAUAAAUGCAAUUCGGAAGCAAAUAGCGAUGAAUAUGCCGUUGUUGAUCCUACAGCUGAAUUAAGUUUUAAACAAACACCAAAAGCAACAACCCAAGGACCAGAAAAUUAUAUGAUUUUAGAUCCAAAUCAGACUGGCUUUAAUAGGUCCAAAUUUCCAAAUGCUGACCAAGCUUACGAGCUUGCAAAACCUAUCCAUGAUACAAAGGACCAGAAGAAUGAUCUGUAUGUUCUGUCUCCAGAGGGUACCUACGACCAUUCGGGAAUUACUCGUCAUCACAAAGAUCAAGAUACCAUUUAUAACCACGCCGUCGACAAUGUUUAUGAUUCUGCAAAUCGAGGGUUGAAUAUUGCCAGGACAGAAGACACAUAUGAUCAUUUCUUUGGACAGGAAACCGAGGAUGAAUAUAAUAUUUCUAUGCAUUAAUAAUUUGGGUUACCACUCUCAAGAGUUGAAUUGGGAGUGUUUAAUUACAUUCAAAAACAUAAAAUGUUCAUGUUGGUUGACUCUUUUUUUAUCCUGAAGCUUACAUCUAAAUUAUUAAUAAAGUGCUUUUUAAUACAAUUGUCA